AGAAAAGGGAAUUCCAACCUGUGGAAUCUUGGGGGGUCCCCGAGGUCGGCUUCUUCCCAUAGACUGUGGAUGGUACCUGGCACAGAGCCUCUGGUGGCUCGUGGGGAGAUUGGGGGUCCGCAGGGUGAGGGCGGAGGGCAGUGUCAGUGUCAGAGUGUGAGUGGGGUACGGGACUUCCAAACUUAGUCUUGAGGCCCUCGGGUCUCCGGCGCCGGGGAAGGGAGCUCGGGCCGCCAUGCGCGACAGGACCCACGAACUGAGGCAGGGGGAUGACAGUUCGGACGAUGAGGACAAGGAGCGGGUCGCGCUGGUGGUACACCCGGGCACUGCACGGCUCGGGAGCCCGGACGAGGAGUUCUUCCAAAAGGUCCGGACAAUUCGACAGACUAUUGUCAAGCUGGAGAAUAAAGUCCGAGAGUUGGAGAAGCAGCAGGUCACCAUCCUGGCCACGCCCCUUCCCGAGGAGAGUAUGAAGCAGAACCUGCAGAACCUGCGUGAUGAAAUCAAACAGCUGGGGAGGGAGAUCCGAGCGCAGCUGAAAGCCAUAGAACCCCAGAAGGAGGAAGCUGAUGAGAAUUAUAACUCAGUCAACACAAGGAUGAAAAAAACGCAGCAUGGGGUCCUGUCCCAGCAAUUCGUGGAUCUCAUCAACAAGUGCAACUUGAUGCAGUCGGAAUACCGGGAGAAGAAUGUGGAGCGGAUUCGGAGGCAGCUGAAGAUCACAAAUGCUGGAAUGGUGUCUGACGAAGAGCUGGAGCAGAUGCUGGACAGUGGGCAAAGUGAGGUGUUUGUGUCCAAUAUACUGAAGGACACACAAGUGACUCGACAGGCCCUAAAUGAGAUCUCAGCCCGGCACAGUGAGAUCCAGCAGCUUGAACGCAGUAUCCGUGAACUUCAUGAGAUCUUCACUUUCCUGGCUACUGAAGUGGAGAUGCAGGGGGAGAUGAUCAACCGGAUUGAGAAGAAUAUUCUGAGCUCUGCAGACUAUGUGGAACGGGGGCAGGAACAUGUCAAGAUGGCCCUGGAAAACCAGAAGAAGGCGCGGAAGAAAAAAGUCUUGAUCGCCAUCUGUGUGUCUGUCACUGUCCUCAUUGUGGCAGUGAUCAUUGGUGUCUCCACGUUGGUUUGAGAACAUCGCACAUUCUUGGCACUAAGAGCACCAGGGACCCAGGUCUGCCUUCUCUCCCAGCAGCUGAGGGGGGAGGGCAGGACAGAGCCUCCAGCUGGACCCCCUUCCUCACACUGGCCCUGUGCAGAGGGGCAGACAGUUCUUCUGGGGUUGGCAGCCGCUCAUUCAUGGGGGCUUCCCCACUCAGGCCACAGUGCCUGGGAGAGAGCCUGCAGUGUCCUGUUUGGCUGGAACACAUGGUUUUGUUUAGAAA